CGCCCUUUUCACUCUCUUCCAUCCAGCCUCCCGCCGAGACUCUCGCUCUCCUUCCCUUCCAUCGCCGCCGCCGCCCGCCGAUCCUCAUUCUCCCGCCGAAGCACCAAGCUCCUCUUCGACGGUAAUUGCAGAUGGUAUAGUAGCGGGGAGUGCUGUCUGUUUGAUUGUCUCUGAGCUAGCUUGCUCUCUCGGAACUGCCGCUUGCCACUGGUGAUAACCCGGUCCGGGGAUGACGAUACAUUCAGUUGUUAUCCAGAAACUACUCAACACCAAUGCACAUUUGGGAAAGCGAGCGGUGGCUCACCACUUCAAGAUCUUCACUGAAGGAACACGGGGUGGGGUGUCCAUAAUUGAUUCCGACAAAACCCUGAUAUGUCUUCGGAAUGCUACCAACUUUAUUGCACAGAUGGCUAGAGAGAAGAAAGCCCGGUUCUUGUUUGUCAACACCAAUCCGCUUUUUGAUGAGAUAGUGGAGCAGAUGACGAAGAAGAUUGGGCUGUAUAGUCCAAGGGAUAAGGUCAUUUGGAAAAUGGGUGGGUUUUUGACCAACAGUUUCAGUCCCAAGAAGUUCCGUUCCAGAAACAAGAAGGUUUGUUUUGCGCCAGUACAACCGCCAGAUUGUGUUGUGGUGCUGGAUACGGACAGGAAGAGUUCAGUGAUUUUGGAGGCUGCUAGGCUUCAAGUUCCCAUUGUAGCAUUGGUAGAUUCAAGUUUGCCAAGGGAUUACUAUGAGAAGAUUGCUUAUCCUGUGCCUGCUAAUGAUUCAAUGGAGUUCGUGUACUUGUUCUGUAACAUCAUUACUAAAACUUUCUUGCUUGAGCGUAAGAAGAUGAGAGAAGCAAAGGGAGAUAUAGUUGAAGAUGAACCAGAAACUUCAACAAAAGAACUUGGAAAGGAGGUCCACCAAGUUGACAAUAUGAAGAGAAUAAGCUCUGUAACCGAUGAAGUCCUUGUUGUUCCUUAUGACAGCUUAGCUCCUAUUUUUGAAGAUUCUGUUGAAACUAAGCGGAUCUUGGAUAAGCUUGUGGUGGUGAAGUUCAAUGGUACUUUGGGAACGGCUGUCGGAUUUAAUGGCCCUAAGUCCCUAGUUGAAGUAUGUGAUGGUUUGACUUCUCUCGACAUGAUUGUGAAUCAAAUUCAGACUCUUAAUCAGAAGUAUGGGUCGGAUAUCCCACUGGUGCUUAUAAACUCCGGCAACACUCAUGAUGAUACGUCUAAAGUUUUGGAAAAAAUUUCCAGGUCAAACAUAGAUAUUCUUCCAGUUCAACAGGGCCAACAGUCUGCGGAAUCAUCUGGCCUACAGGAGACCGAGAAUAAACCGCACCCUUCUGAUCAAGCAGCAGCAUUCCGCUCCCUGAUUAAUAGUGGGGCACUAGAUGUCUUACUAGUGAAGGGGAAGGAGUAUGUACUUGUUAUAAGCUCGGACAACUCAGCUGCGGUGGUUGAUGCCAAGAUCUUGAAUCAUUUGGUCUUGAACAAAAUUGAGUACUGCAUGGAGUCGAUGGAGAAUUUCAAGUUGAUUGAUACAAAAACAUUGUGGGUGAGCUUGAAAGCUAUCAAAAGGCUUGUUGAUACAAAUUCUCUGCCGGUGGAGAAUCUUUCCAUCUCCAAGGAAGUAGAAGACAAUCAACUUCCGCAGCAAGAGAAUGCAGCUGAUUUACCAAUAUGGUUAUUUAACCAAGCCAUUGGCAUUAAUGUUCCUCAAUCUCGGUUUCUUCAACUAAAUGCAACAUCUGACUUGCUUCGUUUGAAGUCUGACAUUUACUCUGCUGUUGAUGGUUCUCUGGUUCGGAAUCCAGCCAGAACCAAUCCCUUGGAUCCAUCCAUUGAAUUGGGGCCUGAAUUUGAAAAGAUUGAUGACUUCAAAAGUCGCUUCCAAUCCAUUCCUAGCAUAGUUGAGUUGGACUCCUUGAAAGUCACUGGUGAUGUGUGGUUUGGAACGGGUGUUAGUCUUAAGGGGAAAGUAAGCAUCCAUGCGGAACCAGGGACCACAUUGAACAUCCCAAAUGACACGGUCAUCGAGAACAAGGAGAUCAACCAUCGGGCAGACAUUUGAGAGCCUGUAGAGGGUUACAUGGCUUCCACCUCUCAUUUCUCGUUGGUUCAGUGGAGAAGAAGACCUCCGAAGGUUACAAAUUAGCUUUUCUUUUUCCUCCGAGGAUAUGUUCGAUUGAAACUGGGUGGAUGCCUUUACUUUGUUUAUCAUGGCGCUAUGCUGUCAAAACUCUGAGAAGCUGGCAACUUGACGAUCUCAGCAGCUUGCACACAUAACCUUGCCUCCAAUGAGCCGGGAAUGGAGCAGAGGAAUUGAAACGAGCCAAAAGUUCUGCACAACUUUGAAUAAGCGUUGAUGAGGCCAAUGAGGUUGUAACUCAUUGUUACCUCUCUUCUUACUUGUUUUGCUGUGAAGUCUGAUUGAGUGUUUUUCUGGCUUGUUGCUAGUUUCAGUUAGUCAAAUGAGCUGUAAUAUUCAGUUCUAUAAACCAGUCAUAUCAUUAGCAAGGAUAUAUAGCGCUAUAGAGAGCAUAUUUAUUAGAUCUCACGUAAAACAAACACUCGUU